AUGCGGUCGGGCGGCCGAAAAAGAAGAGGGCACCGAAGAAUUUCAGAAGAACUCACCACGAGAUGCCGUCUUUUCACACUUCUCACUUGCAUUUUUUUAAUCAUUCAGCCAACGUCCAGUCUAACAUGCCUAACCUGUAUGUACACAUCUUCCACAACUCAACUAGACAACUUCCGUGUAUCAACUCGUCUGUCUCGUCCCCAAUGCUCCAUGGAACCCAUAAAGUGCGAUCGCGAUCAAGACGUCUGUGUCACGAUCACAAUGCAUGUUGGCGGCGGAGACUACUGGAUGGGUGCUGGCUGCGAUCGACGUGUAAAUUUUCAGCACAUGAGUUGCCAAAACGUUCGGACAAUGUCUCGAAACGUUCAACUAGGAUACGUACAAGAGCGUCGAGCUAUGCAACGUGUCUGUGUAUGCGCUCGUGAUCUAUGCAACCAUCAAUCGACACCGUUUCAAAAAUUCGCGACGUUCGCCGUCGUCCUUCUGUUCUUUCUCUUCCUGUCAUAG